UAGCAUAGCACCACGCAUGCAGUUCUCUUCCUCUUUCCACCGCAAUCAAUUUCGCAAGGUGUGCUCCAAAAAAAUAACUCAUCCAAAAUGGUUGGCACAACUUUAAGCGCCGCUGAGAAGCAGCAGCUGAUCACUCGCAAUCUGCAGGAGACACUGGGCGAGGAUAAGCUGCAGAAAGUUCUGCAAGAGCGCGAUCUGAAAAUCUAUUGGGGCACAGCAACAACUGGAAAACCACAUGUGGCCUACUUUGUUCCCAUGUCGAAGAUUGCAGACUUUCUCAAGGCCGGUUGUGAGGUGACUAUCUUGUUUGCCGAUCUGCACGCCUAUCUGGAUAAUAUGAAGGCGCCAUGGUCGUUGCUGGAGCUGCGCACACAAUACUACGAGCAGGUGAUAAAAGCCAUGCUGAGUUCCAUUGGCGUUCCACUGGACAAGCUGAAGUUUGUCAAGGGCAGCGACUAUCAGUUGUCCAAGGAGUACACACUGGAUGUGUACAAGCUCAGCUCACUGGUCACCAUACACGAUGCAAAGAAGGCGGGCGCCGAGGUUGUCAAACAGGUGGAAUAUCCACUGCUCUCGGGUUUGUUGUAUCCGGGAUUGCAGGGAUUGGAUGAGGAGUACCUGAAGGUGGAUGCACAGUUCGGUGGUGUGGAUCAGCGCAAAAUAUUCACAUUUUCCGAGAAAUAUUUGCCGCAACUGGGCUACGAGAAGCGCAUACACUUCAUGAAUCCCAUGGUGCCUGGCUUGGCUGGCGGCAAGAUGUCUUCCUCGGAGGAGGACUCGAAGAUUGAUCUGCUCGACUCGCCCGCCAACGUCAAGAAGAAGCUGAAGAAGGCCUUUUGCGAACCCGGCAACAUAGCCGACAAUGGUCUCCUUUCCUUUGUCAAACACGUCCUCUUCUCUCUCUUCAAAGACGGCGAAGGCUUCGAGAUUCAUCGUGCUGCGGAUAAUGGCGGCGACAUUACCUUCCUGGUGUACGAGGAACUCGAGCAAUAUUAUGCAGACAACAAACUGCAUCCGGGUGAUCUGAAGGCAUCCGUGGAGAAGUACAUAAAUCGCCUGCUGGAUCCCAUUCGCAAGGCUUUCGAGAAGCCCGAACUGCAAAAACUGACAGCGGCUGCUUAUCCGGCACCUGGCAAGGUGAAGGCGAAUGCUGCUCCGGCUGCUGCUGCUGCUGCUGAUGAGGAUGCGCCUCAUCGUCUGGACAUACGAGUGGGCAAAGUCAUCGAAGUCGCUCGUCAUCCGGAUGCAGAUACUUUGUAUGUGCUAAAGAUUGAUUUGGCGGAGGAGAAACCACGCACCAUCAUCAGUGGUCUGGUGAAAUUUGUCACGGUUGAGGAACUGGAACAGCGACUGGUUGCUGUGCUCUGCAAUCUGAAGCCCUCCAAGAUGCGUGGCAUCCUGUCCGAGGGCAUGGUUCUUUGCACCUCCAACGCCGAUCACACCGUUGUGGAACCUAUUCUGGUGCCUGCCACGGCUACUCCUGGCAGUCGUCUCGCCUUUGAAGGCUACAGUGGCACACCGGAUGAUCAGUUGAAUCCCAAGAAGAAAAUCUGGGAGAAACUCUCGGUUGACUUUAAGACAAAUGCCGCAGGCGUUGCAGUUUGGAAGGACAAUUUCCUGCUGACACCCGAUGGCGAGCAGCUAACCAGCAAAUUGGCCAAUUGCGCCAUCAAGUAAACUAGCAUCCAGCCAACCUGAGCCGUGUAAUACUUUUAUUUAGAACACAUUUCUAAGCCAGACACUUCACACAAAUAAUCAUCAUUGAUGCCUUUUGGUAACUUUGCUUUACAUUCAGCUAUAUAAAUAUAACUAAAAAACGCAAUUUAAGCUUACAAGAAUCGUAUUUAAAAUUGAAUUGAAAUGUACUUUUAAAAUGAUUGUUUUUAACUUCAUUUAAAGCGCCAGUUAAGGCAAAUAAGAAUAAGCCGAUUGGUUCUAUUUUCAAA